AUGGAGGUAGCAAGAGCUGGCCGCAGAGCUUGUCUCUCCUAUCAGGCCACCAAAUCCAUGUGCGUGCUACUCCUUGCUGCUUCCUUGCUGAACACUAGCCAUACCACCAUACUUACUCUCAGGGGUAACUUCCUAACAGGCAGCAUGCCGCCAUCAAUCGGGGAGCUUUACAACUUAGGAAUUUUAGACUUGUCCGAGAACAACAUUUCUGGGAAAAUUCCUCCUACACUAGGGAACCUGACAAACCUUUCCAUACUUUACCUAUUCAAGAACAACUUGAAGGGAUCCAUACCCACAAGCUUGGGGAGGUUGCAGAACAUUGCUAGUUUAGUCUUGUCAUUUAACCAGCUUACUGGCUCGAUACCGGUGGAAGUCGUCAGUCUCUCCUCUUUAACCAGCUAUCUUGGUCUUUCAUACAACUUUCUCACUGGUCAAAUCCCAUCAGAGGUAGGAAAAUUGACAAACCUAGUAUUAUUGGAUCUGUCAGUAAAUCAACUAUCUGGAGAUAUUCCUGCAACUUUAGGCAAAUGCGUCGAGCUAGUGCAGCUUCAACUGAAUGAUAAUCUUCUUCAAGGUACCAUCCCACAAUCCUUGAGUGGAUUGCAAGCAAUACAAGAACUGAACAUUGCGAGAAACAACUUAUCUGGUCCUGUUCCAAAAUUCUUUGCUGACUGGCCAAACCUGGACUACCUGAAUUUGUCCUAUAACAGCUUUGAAGGUUCUGUUCCAGUAACCGGCGUCUUCAGUAAUGCAAGUGCAUUUUCCGUAGCUGGUAACAAGGUCUGUGGGGGCAUUCCAAGUUUACAGCUUCCCCAAUGCCCUGUCAAAGAGCCAGGUGUUGAGAAGAGGAGACCAAGGAGAGUAGUGCUUAUAGGCAUUGUUAUUGGUUCUAUAUCUUUGUUUCUCCUUCUUGCAUGUGGUCUUCUCUUAUUCAUCAUGAGGCAGCGGAAAAGGGUCCCUAAUAUCCCUUUAGCAGAGGAUCAACAUUGGCAAGUCUCAUUCGAGGAGAUACAAAAGGCAACUGAUCAGUUCUCCCCAAAUAAUCUCAUUGGCAUGGGAAGCUUUGGGUCAGUUUACAGAGGAAUUCUGAGCCCAGAGUACGGAAUGGAUGGCAGUGUUUCCAUCCAAGGCGAUCUGUACAGUUAUGGCAUCCUCCUGCUCGAGAUGUUCACCGGAAAGCGGCCAACAGAUGUCUCAUUCCAGGGAGGCCAAACACUCCAGAGCUAUGUUGCAGCCUGCUACCCGGACAAGAUAAUGGAGAUAGUUGACCCUGUUCUACUGCCUCUGGAUAACGGAUAUGUGAGCAAGGGGGACAUUUCUUGUGACGAGAUUGACGCUGAAAAGCUGCACAAGUGCAUGGUAUCGAUCUUUCGAGUCGGUUUGCAAUGCUCCCAGGAAUCCUCCAGAGCAAGAAUGCAUAUCAGGACUGCCCUCAAAGAACUUGAGACGGUCAAGGAUGUUGUGCUGAACGACUGA